CAGAAAACCUAAACAAUAAGAUUAGUAGCUUGAAGAGUUUUCACUCUUCCUUGGAUUAGUCCUGGAUUCUCCAGGGAUACCACGUAAACCCGGUGUCUAGUUUUUGUUUCCCUUUUCAUUCUCGUUCAGUUCGUCAACAUCAAAUCCGGAUAAUCUAUCAUGGUAUCAGAGCAUACUUCGUCAAUGGAUUCUGAUAGACCUUUGGUUCGGCUCACUUCCACAAACUUCGCUCUCUGGGAAUUUCAAUUUCGGGUCUUCGUUGAAGGACGCGGCCUCCUGAGCUUUCUCGAUGGCACAUGCCCUCGUCCACUACCUACUGCCGCGAUUCAGGAGCAAGCACAAUGGAACCAAAGUGACGCGCGCGUCCGUUACUGGUUGCUGGGAUCAGUUGAUCCAUCAACAUGUCUGAGUCUAAGACUUUUUCCCACAGCCCACGAAAUGUGGCAGCACCUGGCAUCGACGUAUUCAACUGUCAAUGUAGCAAGGCAGUUUGAGAUUCAGAUGGCAUUGGCUCGGCUGGAGCAAGGGGAUCGCACGAUCACUGAAUACUAUAACAAUGCGACGGAAUUGUGGACGGAACAGGACAUUCUCACCGCCGCAUUGCAUCCCCAGCCUGUCUCCGCCGACGCGGUCAAGGAGCGGCAGCAAACUCGCCUGCUCAACUUCCUCAUGCGCCUUCGACCUGAGUUCGAGGCUGCGCGCUCCACCUUUCUGAACAGAGACGACUUGCGGUUUGAGGGAUUGCUUUCCCAUUUGGUUCGUGAAGAAAUCAGGAUUCGUACCCAGGCGAAUAUUGAUGUUUCCCUAGUGCUGGAGAAACCGUAUUUGCUGUGGCUGGCCAAGAAUCGGCAUAUUCGGUAAAUCGUCCCUCAUUCAAUAACAAACCUAUGUCGAAUGAUAUUGAGUGCCAUUUUUGUCAUGAACGGGGACAUCCUAAGAAGCAUUGCCGGCAGUGGAAUGUGUGCGUGUACUGUAAACGAGCUGGGCCUGAUCCUCUAACACAUAGCAUAGGAAUUGAAGCAGCAUUGCUAUUGAUAAAACACCUCUGUGGAAAAUAUUUUGAAUCCACCUUACAGACAAACGUUGUACUGCUGACUUUGGAAUUAGUCUUAGCUACCCCAGGGCAAAACAAUGGUCAAUGUCCCAAGUCUAUCCAGGGUGGAAAGAAAAAGAGGAAUAAAUAUACUAUUGUUGG